CCUACCAACGCCCCCCCCCCCUAAAAAACUUUAGCCUCUUUCCAGUUUCCAUCGGUUUGGCCGAAUUCAUCGACCCCUCGUCGGAGCAGAGAUGUCAGUAGAAUCUAGUACUGGUUCGGGAGACCACAACAUCAGAGGAGUACCUACACAUGGUGGACGAUACGUUCAGUAUAAUGUGUACGGUAACCUAUUUGAAGUCUCUAGAAAGUAUGUCCCUCCCCUCCGCCCCGUUGGGAGAGGUGCAUAUGGUAUUGUUUGUGCUGCUAUAAAUUCAGAGACAAGGGAUGAGGUUGCCAUCAAGAAGAUUGGCAAUGCAUUUGACAACCGAAUAGAUGCAAAAAGGACCUUACGAGAGAUUAAGCUUCUUCAACACAUGGAUCAUGAAAAUGUUAUAGCUAUCAAAGACAUUAUUCGACCUCCGCAAAGGGAGAAUUUUAAUGAUGUCUACAUUGUCUAUGAAUUAAUGGACACCGAUCUUCAUCAAAUAAUACGUUCGAGUCAAACAUUGGCAGAUGAUCAUUGUCGGUAUUUUCUGUAUCAAUUGUUACGAGGGCUCAAAUAUGUACAUUCGGCGAAUGUUCUGCAUCGUGAUUUAAAGCCUAGCAAUUUGUUCUUGAAUGCUAAUUGUGACCUUAAGAUUGGAGACUUUGGCCUCGCUAGGACAACGUCAGAAACAGAUUUCAUGACCGAAUAUGUUGUUACUCGCUGGUACCGAGCUCCAGAAUUGCUGCUAAAUUGUUCGGAGUACACUGGGGCAAUUGAUAUAUGGUCAGUGGGUUGCAUACUUGGUGAAAUCAUGACAAGAGAACCCUUAUUUCCUGGGAAAGAUUACGUUCAUCAGCUGAGACUUAUCACAGAGCUCAUAGGUUCACCUGAUGACUCUAGCCUUGGUUUUCUACGAAGUGAUAAUGCCCGGAGAUACGUUAGACAGCUUCCUCAAUACCCAAGGCAAAGAUUUGACUCUAGAUUUCCAAAUAUGUCUCCUGGUGCUAUUGAUUUGCUGCAGAAGAUGCUUGUAUUUGAUCCUAACAGGCGCAUGACAGUUGAUGAGGCACUGUGCCAUCCAUACUUGGCUCCUCUUCAUGAUAUGAAUGAGGAGCCUGUUUGCCCAAGGCCUUUCAGCUUUGAUUUUGAGCAGCCAUCAUUUACCGAGGAAGAUAUCAAGGAACUCAUCUGGAGGGAAUCCGUAAAAUUCAAUCCAGAUCCCUGAGGAUUAUAUGGAGUUGGUACCUUUUAACUUGACAAGGAGUGCAGAGUUUUCUGUGCAUUCUUGGAUUGGGGAUUAUACAUGAUUGUCAGACCCAACGCGUUCUUUUCUCUAUCUGAAAGAAAAUAUGUAUGCUUUGACUAGUUAGGUGUUUGUCCAUCAUCUUCUCUUAUAAUUUGUUUGACGUGAGACGGCCAAAAUCUGUAUAUAUGGCUUUGUUAGGUAAUCCUUAGAAGAGGUCAUUUGCGUUACUUUAUUAAGAUUCAUUUAGGUGAAGGUUCUACUAUGACUGCAUUGUAAAAAAAUGGAAUAAACAUUUGGAUUCUGCAACUGCUAGCAGCAUGAGCUGAGUUCUCAAGAGACCUAUGCCAGGUCAAGAGAUUUGCCCAUCUCAAUUAGCAGGACAAUUGGACUAUUAUGUUGCAUAACCUAGUACCAAAAUCCAUGAAUGGGGAAACCUUGUGUAA